GUGUAUCCCGGUGUAAACAAACAGAGCACGAGUUGAGCUGGCUGUUUGUGUUUUUCCGGACACGUUUACCUGUUGAAGUUGGCUUUUUCGGGUCCGGAUGGAGAUAUUUGGGAGCACGUUUGACGACUCGAUGUUUUCGGAGGCGAGAGACCGAGUGACUGUGACUCUGUCGUCUUAUAACGCCAAACUGUGUCAACCAGAGUGGUUUUGUGAGAGUGCAGCUCUCGACACAGAUGAUCCUUUGGAGAAGCAGAAGGUCUACAAGUUCAGAGGUGACUUAGCUGUGAGACAAGGGAACUAUCAGAAAGCCUUGGAUGCAUACAGCAGCUGCCUGGAGUGGAUCGCUGACAACAACCUGACCAUCAGAAGAGAUGUACUGGAGGGAAUGGCCCGAUGCUGCACCAAACUGGGACAGAGAGACAGGGCUCUGGAGUUGGCCCACUUGCUGAGCAAAGAAGCCUCCAACACCUGUCACCUGACCGGCCUUCUGCUGCUCAAGGUCAGCAUCUACCAGCAUUUUGGAGCCGUAGGAUCAAAGAUGUCGUGUCUGCAGCAGCUGUGCAGCCUGCUGCCCUUCAACCCCUGGCACUGGUACAACCUGGGACAGACAUGUCUGCAGCUGCUGGAGAGCGACCGGACUACAGGAUCAUGUUCCCCACAGAGGUGUGUAUCACCAGAAGGGAAGAAUGAUGGAGACACUGAGGAACAACAGGAGGAGGCAGCAGAGCUGGAGGAGAACAGAAUCUGGCUGAAAGCUUGCACCUGUUUCAUCAGGACAAGACUUCUGUUGAGAAUCCUCCGGCAGCAGCAGUCAUCCUUUGUGUUGCAGCGCACUGAAAGCACCCUACAGAAGACAGAUGAGCUGUUACAGAGGCUGAAUCCCAAAGAAACAUCCCUGCAGGCUCUCACUGAGGUGAUGUCAGAGGACCUGAUCCCGGAGAAGAUGAGGGAGGACUACCAGGAUGGGGAGAGUCUGGCCUGUGUGUGUGUGCAGAGCUUCAGGGUGCGUUGGUGGAACAAGAUCUUACUGAUUGGCGUGCUGGAGACUGACAGCUGUCAACAUCAGAUGCAGACAGACACAAAGUCCUGAUGCUCCAGUGAUGACUGUUUUACAGAGAAAAUGGCUGACAGGAAGUGACUAAAGAACAUAUCGAAGGUCCUGUCACUGUAUAGAUCCAUCAAAGCACGAACGAAACACAAGAUGAAAGUCUACAAGUCUGUAUACAUGUAGAAAUACACAAACACAGGUCAAAUGCAAAAAUGAAUGCUGACAAUCUCAAAAUACCAAAAGAAGCACAAUAAUCAAAAGGUAUAAAUCACUUUUAAUCUCUUAAACUGUAACAGAAUUUAUCACGGGGAGAACUGCACGGUGAAUGUAGUCGUCGUUAAUCUCACAGUGUCAGACGUACCUAUUAAUGUGUCGUACACUUCAGACUGUAUAACAUUAUCUGUGUCAGUGAUUGUUUUGCAUUAAGACAGGAAACAAAGUGAGACAUUUUAAAGUUGCUGAAUGUUAUUCAUAAAAUGUCACUUCAUGCCUUAACACGUUCAUAUCUUAAGAAUGUUUUUAAUAAAAUGUUGUUUUUUUGUUCCUGAAA